AUGCAGCACGAGGUGGAGCCCCCGAGCUCCUCCAACCUGGGCAACCCCAGCACACACAGGGAGGCAGAAACCCUCCUUGUGGACCUGGAGACCCCGGAGGAGAUACAAGUUCGAAGCCUAGGCAGGCCCGUCAAAUCCUCGAAGCAGUACCUGCGACAUGUCAUUGCAGAAUAUGAGUCCCUAGACCGAGAGCUCCCAUGUAUCCGGAAGUUCUCCUCCCCGCCGGCUGCCCAGCCCCUGUGCCUAUGCAUGGAGACUUCAGAGGAUUUUACCCACCUGGAGGUUCUGGAGGCGCUGGAGGCCGAGUUACCCGGGGCCAUGGAGAGCGGGCGCGUGAGCAGCAUCCGCUUUGAGAACAUAAAUGUCAUCUGUGGGACCGCGGGCCGCCGGAACCGGUGGCUCCUCACGGUCACAGACUUCCAGACGCGUUCGCGCCUGCUGCGCUCCGGCCUCAGCCCCCGCGGGCUCACGCACCAGCUCGUGCGACACGACGACCUGCUGCUGGGCGAUUACCGCCUGCACCUGCGCCGCUCCCUAGUCCGACGGCGCAUGCUCGAGGCCCUGGGGGCGGAGCCGACCGAGGAAGAUUGA